GUCUAAUCUAACGUACGGUGCCAACCACAUGCAAGCACUCUCUCAUGUAGAUUUAAAGUCAUCGUCCCCUCGUUUCAUUCCCGUGAUCACUUUCAUAUUUGCCUAUUGUUCCAAGGAUUAUUAAUCACCACAUUUUACCCCUUUCCUCCAUCUCCUCGCUUUGAUACCUGAAUAUGGCUUCCAAGUCCUUCUACGCCAUCAUUUCCGGAGUCGGCUCCGGAACUGGCCGCGCAGCAGCUAUCCGCUUCUCCAAGGCAUACACCGUCGUCUUGCUCGCUCGUAAGCCGGAAAGCUACAACUCCAUCGUUGACGAGAUCAAGCAAGCGGGCGGGCAGGCGUUCGGCCUCACCGCCGACGCUACGGAUGAGGCCGCCGUGAAUGUCGCCUUCGAGACCAUCAAGAAACAGCUUCCCGGAGGCAAGCUUGCCGCCGCCAUAUACAACGUCAACGGCGGAUUCGCCCGGAAGCCGUUCCUCGAGCUCAAGAGGGAGGAGCUGGAUGCCAGCCUCGACGCUGCACCAAAGGGAUUUUUCACAUUCGCGCAAAAGACGCUGCCUCUACUACUUGAGUCGGUGCCGGAGUCGCCUCACCCGCCAUCCCUUAUUAUCACAGGAGCAACGGCGUCCAUCAAAGGCUCUGCCUUGUUCGGGUCGUUUGCUGCCGGUAAAUUUGCCCUUCGUGCUCUAGGCCAGUCCCUGGCUCGCGAGUUCGGACCCAAGGGCGUUCAUGUAUCACAUGCAAUCAUUGACGGAGGUAUCGACACACCUUGGGGCAAGGAUUUUGUUGCCAACAAUGGCGUAGAAGACGGCAAGAUUUCCCCAGACGCCAUUGCGGAGACCUACUGGCACCUGCACACGCAACACCGGUCUGCCUUUACCCAAGAGGUUGAUAUCAGACCCUAUGUAGAGAAAUUCUGAGCGGAAGGACCUUUCUAUGACUUGAAGAGUCGAGCCGAGAUGCCAACGUUGUAAUACAGAAGAUUCGCCACCUUAAAACAUGGCGCGUCUAAGUAUUUAGAGACCUCAAAAUGAUAUCCCAGUGAUAGCCUCACAUAUACCCAUCUUCGGAUCGGUACAGUGCACGUCGCGAACGUAGUCAUACUUCAUUGAUCUUAGGGUGAGAGAGUAGACGAAUCCGCCAUCGUGGCCUGGCGUAGCAUCCACGCGGCCGCCGGAUGAACCUGGUCAUGCAGGUGCUCGAAUCGGCCUGUUUCGUGGUGAUGCUCGCAGCCUCGGGCGAGUACAUAAAGAUUGCUUCAUCGUUAGCAAAUUCAGGAUCCGGACGCCUCGGCAACUGCCGUGUUCGAUUCCGCCGGCGGAAGCGUGCCGCCGUUGAUUGCCAGCAGACGCUCCUCUUCCCUCCUGAUGCGAAGAGCCUCGGUCUCGGCCCGCAGCUUCUCCAAGUUCCAGACUCCGUCGUCGUCGUCCUCUUCCUCCUCGUCGUCCUCUGUUGUACGCCAGUUGCCACUCUCGAAAAGUGCACGACCAGUUGCCUCCUUGGCUUUCUUGGCCUGCUCCUCGGCAGCUUUCUUGUCCAAGCGUUCCUUCUUCCACUUGGCGAAUGACUCGGGGGUGACUGGUGUGAGGGUUCCAGUAAGUUUGUGUCGUUCGGACUCGAGGAAGUCUUCGAGUGUGAGGGUCUUGAGGGGAGACUUGUCCAACAAGGCCUUCUCGGCGGCUCGUUGUUCCUUGGUCUUGAGAAUGAAUCCCGGUGGCAAAGCAUGCUUAUAUUUGCACUUGUCGCCUCCGUUUGGACAGACCCAGAACCAUCCGUACUUGCCGUCCUCGAUGGCCUCGACAAAGAACUUGCAGACCUUGUCGGUAGUGGUUUGUUGGUUGCCCUUCUUGGAAAGGACAACCGAACGGAGCUUCUCCUCGUCCCAGUCGGCAGAUGUCUCGGCCUUCUUCUUCUCCUCCUCUUCCUUGCGGGUAUCCGUAUACAAGUUCUUCUUUUCCGUCUUUCGUUCAUCUUCGAGAUUGUGGGAAAACUUGCACUUCUUGCCUUUCUCACAGUUGCCCUUUUUGAAGAAGAUGCAGACGACGGUCUUGGGAUCGACACCGAAAGGCACCUUUUGAAUCUGGGCGGGCUUGUUCAGGAGCAGCUCGGUCUCCCUCUUGGCAUCUUCCGCUGCCUUCUUCUCUCUCUCCCUUUGCGCCUUCUCUGCCUCUUUACGCUUCUGCUCAGCGCUGCCGCCGUUCUUCAUCGACGAGUGCAGCUGGGCAAUCUGCUUCUGUGCCGCGCCUCCUUUCUUGUUCUUCAUACCAAAGGUUUUGUCCUCGAGGGCCUUACCGGCCGCCGGCUUCUUGGCGGCGCCCUUGUCAUUCUUCUUCGGAGGCAUCUUGGCGGGGUAAUCGGUUGUGCGACUAAGGAAAAGUUGAUGGAUUGAAGUGGAAAACUUCCGAGACGAAGAGGUGGCCGCUUCGGCUGGGUUCAGUCUAGGUUUGUGUUGUUCUGUGGUUGACAGCGGUCGGGGGCUAGCAGGUUCCGCUGAGAUCGACGCAACGUAAAAAAGUCGACACUGAAUGUGCAAAGAG